GAUCAAAGGGUUGAUCGAGUCAGCGAAACACGUGCCAAGGCAGUGAGAGAAAGUAUCAUCAUUGUAGCGUUGCCUUGUGAGAUAUGCGGAGAACUCUGCCCUUCUGACAAACUAAUGGAUCAUCAGAUAGAAUGUCAAAGGGAGAGGGAAAUUACGAUCGAAAACGACCCUGACGAGUCACUACACGCUUCGCCCAGGACAUUUGAUUCUGUGUUUACCAGACACGACUACGCAGAAAAAUCGGGCGUGAGGUACUUUGAAGUUCGACGAAGCUAUAGCCCAACAAUAGAAUUUACAGAUGAUGAUGUAUCAUUAGAGAGUGAUAUUGGUUUUGGAUCCGGCUCGAGGGACCAGCGAAACUCGACUAACUCUCCUCCGUCAAGGCAAGAGGGAUUCGCCACUGGACGCAACUCUAGUGCGUCUGGUGUAAGCCUCAUAGAAUAUCAGCGAGGUUAUAGUCCUGAGAUGAACUUUGAAGUGGAAACUGAACCCGAAUUAUUUAUGCCUAAUUUUCCGACAUUUUGUCUCACUCUAGAGGAGUCACAUUUGCACGAA